AUGGCUCGAUUGAAUGAAUCUACGGCUCCAACAGAGCCCAUUGAUAUCCUGAAGCGACGAUUUGUGCGGCAGAACCGCGAGAUUGCCCGUGUCAAUUCAAUACAAUCCCUUCGCAUUCGCACUCUUGAAUCUGAUGUUUCCAAUUUGCUCGCGGAGAAUGUUUCCCUACGGGAGCAGGUCAUAAUGCUGAGUCAAGAGUUGGAGAGGUUUGAAUCGGCCAAACCGCUCCACGAUGGUGUCUAUGAUAUCAAAACGAGAUUAGACGACAAGUUAGCAGAGUUAGGCAAUCUCGUGAACGAGUUGGGCACAUUACCACGCAGGUUGGGCAAGUCCUGUGAUGACAGAUUGGGCGUCGGAGGUCUCGGGCAACUCAAACUAUUGAGAUGCGAACCCACAUACAAGAAACCUGACCCUGAGAACAACCAGGUUUGUAAGGAACAGGGAGGUCUACCGGUAAUUCUCGAAGACAAAUGCUACCCGCGAGAAAGCCUUGAGUCGCAGGAAAUACGACACCUGAUCGAUUCUGGUCGUGAGAUCUGUACGGCGUCAGACCCAGCGGAGGCACCAUCGCCACUAUCGACAAUCAAGCGUCGAGAGUCUACCCCACAAGCUUCUGAGAAAGAUCUUGAAAAUAUCGAAACACUUGGCGUUGAUGAGAGGUUGGACGACGAAACGUUGUUCUCGAAGUUAAUGACAAGGAAGAGACAAAAGCCAGAUCCUUCCGCCUCGAACGAUAUCUCACCAACAUCGGGCCGGCCCUCAAUCACUGAGCUGGAUGAGACAAUAUCUCCAAGGAGGGCUGGGCAAAAGAGGAAAUUUGGUGCAGAUCAUGAAGACGAAUACCUCUUGACCAGUAUAGGCGAUGAUGAUUUCCAAUACAGUCGGCCACGCCACUCUUCGCUCGGGAAAGACGAAGGACGUGUGUCUACCCGUAGGAGGAAUCCGCUACUGCGAGAGGACACGCAGCCGAAGCAGGAUUCUGGUACUCACAAAGCAACUCAACGCAAAGCUCUUGAACCAAAGAAUGGCAACCUUAGUAUCACCUCCCCAGACGAACACCCCCCUACCACAGCCCAUGAUGGCAUGCGCAAGAAAUCGCAAAGACAGAAAGGGCCUCUCAAUCCAGUAGAGCCCGGAGAAGAAUUAAUAUGCCAGCAACAGGGUAGCUUUGUUGGGAAUUUCUCCAGCCAAUGUUCAAAUGAGAAUGAGCGAAAAGAAACCAAUCCUCACGAUAUAGUCGUGCUUCCAAACAAGGAGGCACAGAAAUCAGAAUCAUUGUCCCCUGCAAAAAGUGUAUCUAUAUUUCAAGGUGGCUCUGGAACGACUUCUUCAUUGUUAAACGCCCCUCCGUCACGUCCGUCAAGACGUCAAAGAUCUGUCGUGAGCUAUGCGGAACCAAACCUGAGAGACAAAAUGCGUCGACCCACAAACGAAUUUGUUCCCGCUGUCGGGGGGAAGAGGCUGAGCAAGACAUCGAACACAGCUACGCUUCCCGACUCUACAGAUGAGGGAGACGCGGGGUUACAGACCGAUAUCAGCCGAGCAAAGAAACCGGAGAGUUCGCCAGGGACGACGCGGGACCGCAUAUCAAUAUUGGAAAAGGCUUCGGGUAACACAUCACGUUCUCCCGUAAACAUGGUUUCUCUCAGAAAAAAGAAGAACAUCCUGGCGAAGAUUGUGACCGCUGACGAAGAGGAUCAUGAUACUCUACAAAACGAGCUCUCAUCGGGCGCUAGUGAGAGACCCAACUACUCUGUUGAAAACAGCAAGCCCAGAGGAUACGAGGACCAGAAUACGCUCCGCAUUUCAAAUGCCGGGAGAAACAAUGAGCUGGACUCACAAUCUACAGAUGAUACUGACUCCUCGCAAAGACAUGUUGUUGAAGAAGAAUCAGAGCCAACUCCUGGUAGACGCAAACAGCCCCGACGCCACUCUUCACACCUUAAAACAUCCACCCAGCAUACCCAAGGCGAAUUAAGGACGGUCCUGCAUUCGACUCGGAAGUCGUCGACAUGGGGUGCUCCUUCUGAGGUACCGAGGCCAACGAUGCCGGCCGAGAACGCUGACACCGAUAGCGCAGUACUGGAUGAAGAAACGAGAUCAAAUUCAAACGCAAUGGUGGGAGGACGGUUGAAACGUGGGCCUCGGGCGGUCGCACGAAGAAAAAGUAUGAUGCUAUGA